UUUUGCCCCCCAGUCUCCACCAUCCUCGCAUCCGCCUCCCUUCUCCGAAUUUCUUCCUUUUCAACCACCACCACCACCACCACCACUACUCCUUCGACCACCCCUGUCCCUGAGCCUCUCCCCUAACCCCAUAUCCAUCAUGUGUAAACACAUCCUCAACGCGCAGGUCUCUAUCCGCUCUGCAUGCUGCCGGAAAUGGUUUGACUGCGCUGAAUGCCACAUGGAGCAAGAAGACCACUCGCUCAAAAAAUCCCCCGAGAUGAUCUUCGCCUGCAAGAAAUGCAAAAAGUGUUUCCGGAAGGACUCGGCGGAGUUUGAAGAAAGCGACGAAUACUGCCCCCACUGCGACAACCACUUCGUCCUCGAAGCAGUGACGCCCAAGCCCGCGCUGCAGGUAGAGGGUGAUGAUGCUCGUGUCGAUAACAGAAUGCUCAAGGAUGAUCGUGUGCGCGGCGACACCGAACGCUCCAUCUUCUCUCUCAAAGAUACCUCGGAGCGCUUGUGCUAGAUAUAGCUCUCUAGAUCUGGAUCGACGGAUACUCGUGGUUGCGAUUACGAUGCUUAUGAUUUAUGCCUUCCACAUACAUAUACAUACAUACAAACAUAUAC